UUCAUUUCAGUCAAAGCUUUCGCGUCGGCCGCAACACUUGCUAACGGGAACAAACGGAACAGCCAAGAAAGUGAAACCAGAAGAGACGACAACGACGCCAACAGAGAGAACAGUAAAAAGAGAAGGCCAAAAGUGUUUGUUUUUAGGUGUUACCAGUGGAUGCAAGUGGACGACGUCUUGCCCCUCAUAAUUGACUACUGGAGAGUGGCUGUUAAAUAUGGCCGGUUAAAUAGACUCCGACGCGACUCGUAAAUAAUAAAGUAAAUGUAACUGAAAACUACAGACAGUUUGUUUCUGUCUCUUUUUCCGUCAGUGUGUGCUUAAGUGCUUUAACGGUUAAAACAGUUUUGUGUCUGUGUGUGUGUGUGGGACAGUCGCUCAAUUAAGAACCGCAAGGAAAAACAAAAAAACGUCCAGGCCUGUCCCUUUGCAAAUUCCCAAAAGGGAUUGAACCGAGGGCUGCUGAAUUUUUUAAGCCAAUUAAAUUUCAAAAAACAAAAAGUGAAAGCAAAGUGAAAUGAAAUGAAACGAAACGUGGCCGCCUAAUGGACUCUUUCAGCCUUUCAACCUGAGCGCAACAGCAGCAAAAACAACAGCACCAGCAGCUGCGGCAAUUAAAAAGCUCUGUCCCCAGUCCAGCUGGAAAACGGAGAAAGUACCGCAAUAACAACGACGGCGCAUAAUUAACAACAAAAGCAGAAAACAAACAAAACAAAACAAAACAAAUCAAAAAGAGAGACGAAAGUGAGAAACAGAAGGGGAACUGGAAAGGGAAGGGACCAAUCAAAGCGCAACAAGAGCUUAUGAACGACUAAAAUGUUUCCUAAAUGCUUUGGCAGUUAUGCCAAAAUUGUUAACAAAAUCAAAUAAAUGCGACAAGAACAACGGAGAGAGAGCGAGCGAGAGAGAGCAGGAAGUACCGGAAAACCCGAACAGUGGGUGGAGCAGGCGGCGACGACAGGUGGCCGGUAGUCGCACCCCCAGCCCCUCCUCCAACCAUCCGAGAGAGAGAGAGAGAGAGGGAGAGACAGGGAGAGCCCUCCGUCGCCGUCACAUUGAAUUAAUUUCGUGAAAGGGGAGCCGAGCCACAUUCCCUCCAGCGAUUGCCAAAAAACCCAAACUCCCGCACUUGGACGGCGAGGGCCCCCAUCGAAAUCAACGGCUGUCAGACAGAAAGUCGCUUUUUAUUGAUUUUUAUAAAGCCCAAGCCAAGCAACAAAAGCAGAGAAUAAUACAACAAGCCGCAGAAACAACUAAAAUAAAGAGUCAAACGCAAUGUGAAUAAUUCCCUAGCUGAACAGGAACGACCAGCCACGAAACAGAAGCAGCUAACGGCAAAGAAUCGUUGGGACAUUCCCUCACUCACUCGCACUCGAACCCCUACCGUGCUCCCACUACUCACCGCCUCCUCGUACCUACUGCUGCCACUCUUACUCUGUCACACUAUCGAAACGUUCAUCAAAUGCGAUUCGAUGACGCUUCAGCAGAGGCAGAACACACAGACAAAGAGCUCCAGAGACGGAGCCAGAGACCCACCACAGAGCUCCAUAAAAAUGUGUUAUAAAAAUAUACACGCAUAAAUUCCGCUCCAUCUCCCUUUGUCUAGGAAGGAAAGGGCAUACAUUUCCGAACAGAACGAGCAAGAUAGCAGAGGAAACAACAAGCAAAUGCAAAUGUCAUUGGCAAAGUCAAUUAGAAGAGUAACUGGGAACAAACUAAGGAUAACUUGAAUCGAAAUGCCGCUGCAGUUGCACAAUUCCAACUAAAUUCAAAGUGUAGCAAAUGGGUGUGUGCAUGACAGAGCAAGACUGAUUUUUAUGUUUAGUUAGAUUAUUUUAAAAAUAAAUCAACUAAACUGCAAACCAAAAGCAAGCCCGCGGCAACAUCAACGAAUAACCCCAGCGGAAACCUUAGCAAAGAGGGGAAACGAGGAAGAGCCAGAGCCAAGACACCAAAGAGACAACCACAACCGCAAACAGAAUCAUACGCAGCCAUGCUUAUACUCAUAGCCGUGCUCUUUGUUAAUGCCUGCCUGGCGGGCACCAUUCCCGCUACGCCGGAGAACAUAACCGUAACCUUUUUGACGCCCACCGCGGUCCGGGUGUCAUGGCAAACGCAAAUCGACCUGAAGGCACAUCCCAUCGAGAAGUACAUCGUGACGUACAAGCCGACAGACGACAGUUACAGGGUUGUACAGGACGUUGCCGGCAGCAGCGAGGCCAUUGUCCUGGAUCGCCUGCUGCCCAGCACACAGUACUCGCUGGUCGUGACGGCCAUCUGGCAGGGCAAAAAGUAUCGCAGCCGUGGCCAAAUCAAAUUCCGUACCCUAGAUCUGCCAAGGAAUACCUCGGAGCAGGACUUUCCGCCCGGCAUCUUUGGGAACGGCAAUGGGAAUGCCAGUGGACGGAAUGCAACGGGAAAUGGCAGCAUCUUUGGCGAUGAUGUGACCUCCACGGCCACCAACACACUCACCCAUGGCACGACCCGAGAGUUGCCCACUAUACGCGGUGUGGAAAUCGGCAUUGUGCUGAUCGUGCUCAUGGUGUGGGCCGGCGCCAUAGCUCUGUUCUUCAAUCGCUGGGGCAAGAUUCGGAUGCUGCUGCCCUACCAGCCGGACUACAAGCACGAGCAGCUCAAGGUGCCGGGCACGGGGGUGUGCAGCGCCAGCGGCUGCAAUGGCCAGCACUCGCAUCAGUUCGACAGCAGUGACUGUGCCAACGCCAAUCCACCGUUGCACAGCAAUAGCCGCCACAUCCACAUGCUGGCCGAGGAGCACUCCGCAUCAAUAUCCGAGCGCUGCACCCGGAGUCGCAUCAACUCGGCCAUAUUCGUAUCGUCGGAGGGUCGCGGAUUCGACUCGAUUGAGUUCCUGCGCCGCCACGGCUCCCAGAGUGUGCUCUGCCGUAAGGCCAAGAGUGCGGAGAACAUCACGGACAAUGGCCGAAAGAAGAGCCUGCGGCAGUGGCGAACCGAUGACGACGCCGUCAAGCAUCAGAAUAUCUCACAGGACAGCAACGACAUAGAGCUGAAGGAGUGCGGAGCCGGAGGAGAAAUACUCCGCCUUCCAGUGAUCCACGACGCAAAGUCAUCGGGCACAGCCGUGACUAGUCUACUGGCUCGCUCGGCUGCCAUCACCACGGCCAACAUGAUUGUGGGCAGCAUUUCGCUGGAGGCACCGCCGCCAUACAUGCAGGACGACGACGCCGAUGCACAUUCGACCGCUGCUCUGAUACACAGCGAUGCCGCUGCCAUUGUCCACGAAUCGCAAGACUCGGCGGAGACUGUAGAGGAGCUGGUACAUGUCCCGCUGCUGGCCCGUGCCAAUGCCACUGCCACCGUGUCCGCCUCGUCCUCGCCCAGCUUUGCCAUCGAGGCGAAGCCACGAGUUCUGGUGCAUCAGCGCUCGUCGACAGCCUCCUCUUCGCCUCAUAGCAGCCCCAAGAACCUGGGACUGGGCCUGAAGAUAAUCAAGCCCAAGAUCAGUGCCGUGCCAAUGGUUUCCGUCUCGGGUCCUUCGCCGCCCAUUGAGAAGCCACCGCUGGCGGAGUGUUUGUAACAAAUGGCAGCCGAAACAUUUAUCUAAGCGUGCGCUCAAGGCAUCCGGACAUCAGGCUCAGUCCCAGCACCGCCAACACACAACACCCAGACCCAGAACCUAGCCAGGCCUAUCCCUAAUACAAAUCGAAUAAUGUGAGAAGUGAGAUGGACUUAGAAUGCCAGCUGCUCAAAUAAGUGUUUCGGUGAGAGAAUGUGAACGAAAGAGGAGUAGAAGUAGAAGUAGAUAUAGGAGAAACUGUACCAAAGGUCAUCACCCAUCACCAGGGAAGAAAGCUUUGUAUAUUCAACAACGACUGAAGUAUACACAUAACUACAUUAAUCGAAAACAAACAAAUGAAA